AUGAAGCCAAUGAUAGACGGUACUAUUAUACCAAGAUUCAAAAACCUUCGAGUACUUGGACACUAUCCUUGGGAUGACUCUACUUUAAAUGAAGAUAUUGAAAAAAGAAUCCUCCAAUUUCAACUCUCACUCAAAUAUAUUCCACUGAAAAGAAUGGAGAUAACAAACAUUAAGAAAGUAAUUUUUGCCAAAUGCACUAGCUUAUUUACACACAUUUUACGAACAAAUUACAUUCCUGAAUCACUUGUUGAUAGAAUUAACAUUGAAGUAAGAAAAGCAAUAAGAAAGAAAAUUUUCAUGCAUAAUGCUAGUCCAACAAACUAUUUUCACCUCCCAAUCACCUAUGGCGGACUUGGUAUUCCAAGAUUCGAUAUCUUUGCAGAUGAAAUUCGAAUCAAAACAGCCCUGUAUCUUAUUAACAAUGAUAAUGAACUUCUUAGAGAAGUAUAUUCAGAAGGAAUCAAACACGAAAAUUCGAUUUUUAAGGAAAUGAACAGAUCAAUGAAGAAAUACAAGAUCAGACCUCAACAAUUUAACAAUGACGAAAUCUUUCCAAAACUCAAAGGAAAGAAUUUUACUAUUUACACUGACGGAUCAAAUCUCAACAACUCAACAGGUUUCGGCUUUACCGCCAAAGUUAACAAUUCCCAAGAAACCCAAGAUUUCUCAUACAAAAUUAACAGCGAAUACUCACAUAACGUUGCUGAAUUAUCAGCAAUACUCACAUCACUAAAGAUACUUCCACCUAAAUCUAAGGCAAAAAUUCACACAGAUAGUGAAAUAUCCAUCCACGUUUUGAAAAACAAAGCCUAUAACGGAAUUUUUAACUGCUUCAAGCAUGAAUAUCAACAGGUCAUUCAACAAUCCAAUCUAAAUAUUCAACUAAUCAAAGUUAAAGGUCAUGUCAACAAAGGAAACAUCAAAGCUGACGAAUUAGCUAAGAAAGGAGCUCAAGAGCACAACUAUUUUGACAUUAAGAAGCUAUUUUCGAACCAAACCAUCCUUGCCACAUCUAAUACCAUUAUUUUCGACAUCAAAAAAUCCAUACAAAAGAAAAGAUAUGAUGUAAUGUUUAGCCAAUUUGAUAGAGAUAAUUCCAGUCUACACCUUACCAAGAACUGGUCAUCUAUCAAUCUAAAAUUCAUCAAAUCUAAAAUUGACACAAAUACUAAGUGGUCAAUCUGGAGAAACUUAACAAGCAACCAUAUCAAACAACAUAAGGAAAGACAAUGCGCUCACUGUAAAUGCCCCGGAACUCUAAAACAUUUCAUAUACUAUUGCCCUAAUACUCAAUGCUUUAGGGAUUUUUUCUACACUAAAUUCCUAGAUAUUACAUCAAUGCAAUGUAUCCUCAACGAUUAUCAAGAAUCAAGAUACUGUGAAAGAAGGAAAGUUUUCAUUAUUCAUCAUGACGGAGUAAUGAUUCGAGAUACUCAAAUGCCCAACUUUAAAAAUUUACCAAAUAUUUACCAAAAUUGGCCUGAAAUCCAAACAAUUCUCACCCUACUAGUUGGUAAAUGUCACACCAAGUAUUAUGAAAACUCAAGGUUUAAAAAACCAAUUCAAAAACAAACCCCAAUCCUCACGGAUUUACCAGCACCAGUGGUGCUAACAAUAAACUAA